AGAGUCAGAACUGGAGGGGGCACGAGUCUGAGUAGGCGGUCCAGAGAACUAAAGGGGAAAUGAGAGUCCGAAUAAAUAGUCCAGGGUUUAGGGAAGGAACAGAUUUUCUUCAUUGCGGACAGUGACGAAAGGAAAGCUUUUCUGUUGGUAGGAUAAGGAAGUCAGAAUAGAGGUAUUGUGGGGUAGGUUUGUUUAGAACAGAAAUCAAAGAUCAACUUUUCUGAGAGAAAGAAAGAACAUCUGCAAAUGAAAUGCUCUUCCUGCAACUUCCAUUGCUAGCAGUUCUCCUCCCAGCUGGUGACAGUAAAGACGACUUCCAGGAGCCAGUCUCCUUCCAAAUCAUCCAGAUCUCAUCCUUUUACAACCGUUCCUGGGUACGAACUCUGGGCUCAGGUUGGUUGGGUGAGUUGCAGACUCAUGGGUGGGUGAGCGACACUGGUACUAUCAUUUUCCUGUGGCCCUGGUCCAAGGGCAACUUCAGCAAUGAAGAGUGGAAGGAACAGGAAAAGUUACUCCAUUUGUCCUCCAUUGAAAAUCUUCAGACAAUCCACAACCAUGCCAGUCAAUGGCAGCUUGAGUAUCCCUUUGAGUUCCAGAUGGCAGGAUGCUGUAAGCUGCACUUUGGUGAGGCCUCAGUAGGCUUCAUGCACGUUGCUUAUCAAGGAUCAGAUUUCAUGAGCUUCCAGAACAAUUCAUGGUUACCAUCUCCAGAGGGUGGACGUAGGGCUCAGGAUGUCUGCAACCUAUUCAAUGGGGAUAAAGUUGGCCUGGAAAUAACACACAGGUUCCUCAGUGAUACCUGUCCACGUCUCCUCUUGAGCCUCCUUGAUGCAGGGAAGGCAGAUCUCCAGCGACAAGUAAUGCCAGAGGCCUGGCUGUCCACUGGCCCCAGUCCUUGUCCUGGCCGUCUGAUGCUGGUUUGUCAUGUCUCUGGCUUCCACCCAAAGCCUAUUUGGGUGAUGUGGAUGUGGGGUGAGCAGGAGCAUCUGGGCACUCAGCGAGGUGACGUCUUGCCCAAUGCGGAUGGGACAUGGUAUCUUCGGAAGUCCUUGGAUGUGGAAGUCACUGAGGCAGCUGGCCUGUCUUGCCGUGUAAGACACAGCAGUCUAGGAGGCCAGGACAUCAUCCUCUACCGGGAACAUCACAGCUCCGUGGGGUUGAUCAUCUUGGCAGUAAUAGUGCUCCUGGUGCUUCUGACAGGUCUUGCAUUUUGGCUUAGGAAGCGCUGGUGAGUUCUUUGUAUCCAUCCUUCCUGCUCUUUGCCCCACUCUUCACUUGU